UGUGGCAAUGCAAGUGUUUUUGCGACAAUUUUAUAAAUAAUUUAGUGAAAUACAGAACAAUUUGACGGAUCUCUGGACCGUCUGUUUAGGUUCAGCGGCUUCGCUGUAACUGAAGUCAAACAUGGAUAUCCCCAGUCCCCCUGAAGAUCAAGAGCUGAGGAAUGUGAUCGACAAGCUGGCCCAGUUUGUUGCUCGGAAUGGGCCGGAGUUUGAGAAGAUGACGAUGGAGAAACAGAAGGACAACCCUAAGUUCUCCUUCUUGUUUGGGGGAGAAUACUUCAGCUACUACAAGUGCAAGCUUGCAAUGGAGCAACAGCAGCAUCCCUCUACCCACGAUGGGGAGGAGUAUAAAUCUGAAGAUAUGUACAACCCGGGCGCCAAAGACGUGGUUGAUAUCCCUCCUCCACCGAUACCGAUGAUCGCUCCACCUCCCAUUCCUCCGCCUGCUACACCCUCCAUCGACGAGCUCAUCCAGCAGAGCCAGUGGAACCUGCAGCAGCAGGAGCAGCAUCUUCAUACACUCAGACAGGAGCAAGUGAGUGCAGCCAUAACUCUGGCUAUGGAGCAGCAGACCCAGAAGCUGCUGCUGGAAACUCAGUUGGACGUAACAGAGUUUGACAACCUGUUGCAGCCCAUCAUCGACACCUGCACCAAAGACGCUAUCUCUGCUGGUAAGAACUGGAUGUUCAACAAUGCCAAGUCUCCACAACACUGUGAACUGAUGACAUCACAUCUUCGCAACCGCAUCACUGCUGAUGGAGCACAUUUUGAACUCCGCCUACAUCUCAUCUAUUUAACCAAUGACGUUCUCCAUCACUGCCAGCGGAAGCAGCAGAAGGAUUUGUUGGCAGCUCUGCAGAAAGUUGUGGUUCCCAUCUACUGCACCAGCUUCCUGGCUGUGGAGGAAGAGAAGCAGCAGAAGAUCACGAGGUUGUUGCAGCUCUGGGAGAAGAAUGGCUACUUUGAUGAUGAGACCAUUCAGCAGCUCCAGAAUCCAGCAUUGGGUCUCGGCCAGUACCAGGCCUCUCUGAUAACAGAGUAUGCUGCGGUGGUGCAGCCGAUCCAGCUGGCCUUCCAGCAGCAGAUCCAGGCUUUGAAGACCCAACAUGAAGAGUUUGUUUCCAGCCUGAAGCAGCAGCAGCAACAGCAGCAGCAGCAACAGCAGCAGCAGCAACAACAGCAGCAGCAACAGCAGCAGCAACAACAACCACAGCCUGCGCCUGUAGCACAGCUAGCUACCCCCACUGAGCCGGAGAAGGCCCCACCCAUGACCACACAAGCUGGGGAUGUGAAGCCUGCCUUGUCCGGUCCUCCUCCAGGAGAGUUUGAUGGAGCUUCCUCCCGAGCACAGGACCCCAGCAACCCCAGUGGACCCUCAGAUAUCCCCUCCAACAAGCCUGGGUGGUAUGACCCCCAGCACAUGGGCCCCUGGAACCCCAACCAGCCGCCUCCUUUUGACCCGAACCAGCCCCCCCCUCCUUGUCCUCCUUGGAACAGCCAUGAGGGGAUGUGGAACGAGCAGAGGGACCCAGGAAACUGGAGCGGGGGUCCACCCAGAGAAGGAGGCCCUUGGAGCGGUCCUGGUGGGUCUGAACCAGGCCCUCCAUCUUGGAACUCAUAUGACCAGCAGCCACCAUGGGGGAACCAGCCUGACCAACCUCCCUGGGGCCAGAGGGAGCCCCCAUUUCCUCCACGCAUGCAGAGACCUCCCCAUUUCAGAGGGCCCUUCCCUCCCCACCAGCAGCCCCCUCCUUUCAACCAGCCCCCUCCUCCACCACACAAUUUCGGACGCUUCCCUCCACGCUUUAUGCAGGAUGACUUCCCUCCCAGACACCACUAUGACAGGCCGCCGUACACCCCACACCGCUUUGACUAUGCUCAGGGAGAAUACCCUGGAGACAUGCCAGGUCCUCCCCCCCACCACCAUCCCAAUCAGAGGCUCCCUCCCCCAGGAAUGGGGGCUGAACAUCCUCCUUGGGGUGGAGGCCAGCACCCGGAUUUUGGCCCACCCCCACACGGCUUCAACGGCCAUUCGCCCCACAUGCGUCAUCGGCAGCAUCCGGUCCAAGAUGACCCAAGUCUGGUGCCAAACGUUCCCUACUUCGAUCUGCCCGCUGGUCUCAUGGCUCCUCUGGUCAAACUCGAGGACUGUGACUAUAAACCUCUGGACCCCAAAGACAUCAGACUGCCCCCUCCCAUGCCACCUAGUGAUCGACUGCUUGCUGCUGUUGAAGCAUUCUACAGCCCCCCAUCCCACGAUCGGCCCAGGAACAGUGAAGGCUGGGAGCAGAAUGGUCUGUAUGAGUUCUUCAGGGCCAAGAUGAGAGCCAGGAGGAAAAAAGGACAGGAGAAACGCAACAGUGGUCGUGGAGGCAGUCGUUCCAGGAGUCACUCUCGCAGCAGAGGGAGGUCGUCAUCUCGCUCCAGCUCUCGCUCCUCAAAGUCCUCCAGGUCACGGUCCCGCUCGUCCCGUUCCCGCUCCCGCAGCCGCUCCCGCUCCUACUCACGAUCUAGGUCCAGGAGCAGAUCCAGGUCAUCUCGGAGUCGCUCUCGCUCCAGAUCCAGAUCCCGUUCACGUUCGCCCACCAAGAGACGCCGUGGCCCCAAAUCUCGUAGCUCCUCCCCUCCCUCCUUACCAGUGCUGGGUGGUCCUCCCUCCAAACUGUCUACAGAUACCAGGCUAGGGGAGGAGAACAAGGGCCACCAGCUGCUGAUGAAGAUGGGCUGGAGUGGCUCAGGUGGUUUGGGGGCCAAAGAACAGGGCAUCCAGGACCCCAUCAAAGGAGGAGAUAUCAGGGAUAAAUGGGACCAGUACAAAGGUGUGGGUGUGUCGUUGGAUGAUCCUUAUGAGAACUAUCGCAGGAACAAGAGCUACAACUUUGUCGCUCGCAUGAAGGCACGAGAGGAAGUGAAUCGGGAACCUCAGGAGGCUCCUCCCACUGACUGAUGUCAUCAACCUCACCAAGGAUCUGAGUUUCAGAAUGGUUUUUCAGAUCUGUCAGAUGUCCAUUCAGGAUUCUAGUCAGCAGCUUCAAACCCUUCCUCCCUCCACAGAUACCAGUGACAAUGCAAAGUACCACCACACCUGUGAAGCUUGUGAAGACGUGCACAACCUUUUUGCUUGGAUGAGUGCCCCUUAGCAGACAGCAUCAGAAUAGCAGAUGCAUUUACACAAGUAACACAGCAGAACAGCCAGGAUUUUUAAUUCAGCAGUCUUUGCAAGGACACUGAAGUGUAGUAGUAGACUGAGACUUCCUCAACAUUUAAGAUAUCUGCAGUAAAGAAAUGGGACAAAUUAUGAGAAAAAAUUGAGAAGAGAAUAAAAAUGAAUGGACCCUCUUUAAUUUAUGCACAGGUCAACAGUUGAAUGGGGGAGUAUGUUAAAUUAUUUGCAUUUUUCAUUCUUUUCAAGUUGCUUAAACGAUUAGUUCACCCAAAUCAGAAAAAAAAAUCUAAUUUACCCCUCAUGGUGUCUCCAAUAAAAGGCUUUCAGUUUUAUUUGCAGAGGAUUUUAACAAUAAUUUCAAUUUAAAAAAAAAAAAAAAAAAAACAAAAACAAAAAAACAACAACUUUUCUUAUACUCACUAUCCAGAUUUAUCAGUGGAAAUCUGUUGUCUCUCUUGAUGAAACUGCUCACUGGUGUCAGAGGUCUUAUUCGUUGACGUCUCAUAACUUCUGUAAAUAAAACUGAAGAUGUCUAUAUUAUAGAGGUCACUAGGAGUAAGUGGAAACAUUUUUUGUCAUUUGUGUGAACCAACUUUUGUAGGAUAAGAAGGUAUGCUGGCUCCUGUUGGUUUUUCACUGCUGAUUAUUGUGAUACUUUUUCAUGUAAUAACUUCUUCUAUAGAGAAAUGUAAGUCUGUCAUUUAGUUGUAGUAUUAAAAUAAAUCCCUCAAUACAAAAAGUCAUAAAUAUGAAUUUGGUUGUAUUUUUCUCUACAAAUACACAAAUCUUAA